AGGCUCAACAACUGAUCGUAUCUGGACAAAAGUGACACAAACGAGGUGACUCCUGAAGUUUGGCAAAGUUUAACUCCAGGCCGUUUGACGGAAUAUAGCCCCGGAUUUACGCGUAAAGACGCACGGCGCGGUCUGGAUAAGCGUCUGGAGAGGUGCUUCUGGACUCACUGCAGGAAAUAUGUCACACUGAGGCGUUGGGAGAAGUGACCAGAGUUGUACCAUGCAGCACCCGUUGGACUUGGCGGCGCAUUACUACGCCCCAGAGGCGCAUCCGGACCACAGGACGCACCGCUACAGGAGUUUCAUGAUCGAGGAGAUUCUCACGGACCACGCGGAGCACAAACCCUCUGCGCACGCGGGAGAACUGCUCAAGUUUGGAGUCCAGGCUCUGCUGUCCGCGCGGCCCUUCCACAGCCAACUGGUGCUCAAAGACCAGAGCAGCCUGCUCAAGUUCCCCAUGUCCCCGCUGUCCUGCUCUCUCGCCUCUCCGCUCGGCUCUCCUCUUCUGUCCGCUGCCCCGGGGUUGACAGUGGGAUCUGCGUCUCACCACCUGCCCCUGGACCUCCACCUCCGCGGGAAACUGGAGCACGGCGCGGAUGGAGGCAGCAAAACCAAGAAGGGCCGCCGCAGCCGCACCGUGUUCACCGAACUGCAGCUCAUGGGCCUGGAGAAGCGCUUCGAGAAGCAGAAGUAUCUGUCCACUCCAGACAGAAUAGAUCUGGCAGAGUCUUUGGGUCUCAGUCAACUUCAAGUGAAAACGUGGUACCAGAACCGAAGAAUGAAGUGGAAGAAAAUUGUGCUACAAGGAGGAGGCCUGGAGUCUCCCACCAAACCCAAAGGACGCCCAAAGAAAAACUCCAUCCCGAGCAGUGAGCAGCUGUGUGAGCGAGCCACAGACACGGAGCCACAAACAGACUCUGCUGCAGGGAGCCACUUAGAGAGCUCUCAGGAGGACUGACUCUGGACACGAGAGUCAAUCUAAUGGACAACAUGGACUUUUACACAGCGAGGAGCGGCUCAAGGAACUCAAGGAACUCAAGGAUCGCUUUUAUAAAGAGAGACACCAAAGAGACACUUAGAGACACCAAAGAGACACCAGAGAGACACUAAAGAGACACCAAAGAGACAACAAAGAGACACCACAGAGACACCAGAGAGACACCAGAGAGACACUAAAGAGACACCAAAGAGACACCAGAGAGACAACAAAGAGACAACAAAGAGACAGCAAAGAGACACCAGAGAGACACGAAAGAGACACUUAGAGACACCAAAGAGACACCAGAGAGACAACAAAGAGAUAACAAAGAGACACCAGAGAGACACCAGAGAGACAACAAAGAGACACCACAGAGACACCACAGAGACACCACAGAGACACCACAGAGACACCAGAGUGAGCCGCCGUGUCUGUGUCUUUUCCAGCUGCUGUUGAGGACAGGACUCAAAUGUUUGCAGUAGGUCAAAAUCUUAUAUU